CCAGCUUCCUUUAACAUGUUUGAUAGCCGCAUUUGUCAUUAUAAGAUUUCGUUCAGUAAGGUUCUGUGUGAUGUUUGUAAGAAGAAGUGCAGUGGCAACGCCUUGAGGGUGCAGGAUCGAUACUUUCAUUUAGAUUGUUUUAAAUGUGCCGAAUGUUCAGCAUCAUUAGCACAAGGUGGAUUUUUCCUAAAUGGUGGCCUUUAUUAUUGUUCCAAAGAUUAUCAAAAGCUCUUUGGAACUAGAUGUGCUGAGUGUGGAGACUAUGUAGAAGGUGAAGUAGUCACAGCACUAGGGAACACUUAUCACCAGAAGUGCUUUGUAUGUGCUAGCUGUAGGCAACCUUUUCCCUCUGGCGAAAAAGUGACAUAUACUGGCAAGGACAUUCUGUGUACCAAAUGUAUUCAAAUUCCAAUAGUUUCUGCUGACUCUCCAACUCAAGAAUCUCAAUUCCAAAAUGGACAGAUUUCUAAAAUUUGUGCUGGAUGCAAUGAGAAAUUAAAAGAAGGUCAAGCUUUAAUUGCAUUAGAUAAAGAAUGGCAUAUCUGGUGUUUCAAAUGUACAGCUUGUGAAGCAGUUUUACAUGGAGAGUAUAUGGAUAAGGAUGGUGUUCCAUAUUGUGAAAAAGAUUAUCAAAAACAAUUUGGUGUUAAGUGCAAUCAUUGUGAACGUUACAUCAUUGGCAAAGUAUUACGUGCUGGUGAUAAUCAUCAUUUUCACCCAACUUGUGCUCGUUGUUCCAAAUGUGGAGACCCUUUUGGUGAUGGUGAAGAAAUGUAUCUUCAAGGUGGAGCAAUAUGGCAUCCUCGAUGUGGACCUUCACCAGAUGGCAAAAUAGAUGAUGAUUAUUUAGAGGAUCACAAAACAAAUGGUGUAAUUGAUGGGCAUUACCCCCCGCCCUAUUCCCCUAGUCUCUCAAGUUCACGUUCCACAAGCCCAUAUAGCUCUCUCACCAGACAGUAUGGAAGGACAAGUCCAGGGAUAUUCCUAGAUAAAGAUCCUUUAAUAACUGAUCUCAGCAGAGUGUAUACAUUCAGUUAUUUGACAGCAGAGCCAACACAGGGAUAUUUACGUCGACCUAUACAACCACAUCCUCCUAAGUCUCCUCAAUUCCAUCGUCCUCCAGAAGGGAGUGGAAGAAGAAGAACCACCCCUUCAAGACCAACAUCUAAACAAGGCAUGCAAGUCUUAGUGGAUACUAUUCAGUCAUCAACACCUCGCCCACGCUCACCACAUAUGAAUAAUGAAGAACCAAUCAAUCUAGCUCAUUAUCCAGAUGCAACAAAACCAAGACCAGAUAGCGUACCACCGAUAGAAAGAGAUGAUUUUCCAGCUCCACCUUUCCCAUAUACAGAUCCUGAAAGGAGAAGGCGUUGGAGUGGUGGUUCAAAAGAUUUUGAAGUUGAUGAAGAAGAAAAAGAGGAUGAUGAUCCACGUCUUAAAAAAGAAGAGGAAGAACUGUCUAAAAUUGCAACUGGUAUAGGCAAGGUAUUUCUUAAAACUGUUAAAGAACGAGAAAAAUUAAGAGCUUGGAAAAAAGCCAAUCUGGAUCCUAGAAAUGCAUCUCGAACUCCAUCUGCUAAUAAAGAACCUCCAUCUCGGCUUCGUUAUUAUAGUUCUAUACAUGCUUCUCCUUCUAGGGACAUUGACAGACCUAGACCAUGGGAGGAUGAUGAAUUUGACCGUAGCUCAGGUUUUCGGUCUUCUCUUGGACGUUCAUCUGGAAAUACACCAUGUUAUAAUGUUGUAUCAUCUCUUCGACCUAUACCAAAGCCAGGGUAUGGUUUUGCUACAAAGUCUGCCACCUUGCCAGCUGCUGGAAGAGAAGGUGGAAUGGGUUUUAUGACCAGCGACUUAGCUUUUGUGAAAAUUCAGCCAACACAGAGCUCAGAAUUUGGCAGUGGCAAAUCUGAUCUGUCACCUACUCCUGAGCAAGGAAAAAUUCCGGUGAAUCAUAGUGCAAGUACGACAUUUAGAUCAACUCCAUAUUCAGAAGGCUUUACUUUUCGUCAUGCAUCUUACAGUCCUCAUUUGAGGCGUUCUAUGCCAAAUGUCAAUCUUCAUAUGUCAACUGAGCCACCUAAGGUAAUAGCAAAUAAAGAAUUUUGCCAGUGUUAAAUAACUUGAUUGCAA